GCGUGUGCUCACACCCUUGUGUGACUUCAAGCCACACAGCAGUUCUGAAACUAAAACUUCUGGCUGAUGAAGUGCUGCAGGACUUGGAAUGAACCAGAGAAAAUUUGAAAGAAAUAUUACACAACGAGACAUAAAACUCGGAACAUCUGAGGUGGCGCCUUCAAUGUAACCAUGAGAAAGCAGUUUAAUCUCCUAAAACAGCUUGGAUCACUGGGAAAGACGCAAGAUGCUACUGAUCUACUCACAGAGGACCUGGUGCUGGUGGAGCAGAGAGUUGAGCCAACCAAGAAGGCUGCCCAGAUCAUUCACAAGAAGCUGUCCGCUUGCCUGCAGAGCCAGUCGGGGUUAGACGCGGAGAAGCGCACGAAAAAACUCCCGUUGAUGAUGCUGUCCAUGAGCAUGGCAGAGAGCCUGAAGGACUUCGAUGGAGACUCACCAAUAAGGAGGGUUCUGGAAAUGUGCUGCUUCAUGCAAACUCUCCUGGCGAAGACGCUGGCUGACUUCGAGGUGCAGCUGGAGAAGGAAGUCCUGGAGCCGCUCAACAAACUCAGCGAGGAGGACCUACCCGAAAUUCUCAAGAACAAGAAACAGUUUGCCAAGCUGACCACGGACUGGCUCAACGCCCGCGGCAGAUCCCAGGCCAGCUCGGGUCCGCAGGCCAAGCAGGACGGCCUCAAGGAGGAGGUUGAGGAGGCCUGGAGGAAGCUGGAGAGCGCCAAGGACCAGUACUCUGCUGACUUGUACCACUUCAGCACCAAACAGGACGAAUACAGCAGCUAUUUCACCCGCCUGCUGGAGUUACAAGCCGAUUAUCAUCAGAAGUCUCUUUCCUUUCUGGAGCGGAACCUUACAGAGCUGAAGGAGAACCACAGCCAAUCAGGCCCCCUUCUGAGCGGCUCCUUCAAACCCGUGUACGGCCAGCCGCUGCUCUCCCACCUGCUGGACAGUGGCCGAGAGAUCGCAGCCCCCAUUCAGGAGUGUAUCCACAUGCUACUGAACACAGGCAUGCAGGAGGAGGGUCUCUUCCGACUGGCGGCGGCGGCCUCUGUGGUAAAGAGGCUGAAACACAGCCUGGACGGCGGCAGUGUGGACCACAGUGAAUUCAGCUCUGACCCCCACGCCGUGGCAGGGGCCUUGAAGUCAUAUCUCAGGGAGCUACCUGAGCCACUCAUGACCUUUGAUCUUUAUGAUGAGUGGUUCAAAGCAGUCAGUGAAAGGGAGCUUUCGGACCGGGUGGGGAGGCUAAGGGAGGUACUGAGGAAGCUUCCUGCGGAGAACUACAACAACCUUCGGUACCUGAUUCAGUUUCUGGCCCGCCUGUCGGAGCAGCAGGCCGUGAACAAAAUGACCCCCAGUAACGUCGCCAUCGUGUUGGGGCCCAACCUGCUAUGGCCCAAGAUGGAGGGGGAGAAUGUGACCUUUGACAUGGCAUCGGCCUCCUCUGUCCAGGUGGUUUCUGUGAUAGAGCCGCUGAUACAGCAUGCCGGCAGCCUGUUCCCUGAAGAGGUGGACUUUAAGGUUCCUGAGCUUCCGGGGAAUUCCGAUCUGACUUCCUCACAGUCCCUGCCCUGUGUUGCAGAUCCACACUCUUGCACAGACCCUAGUAUAACACCUCUUGCUGACAGCCCAUCAUUGUCACAAAACAUCUCUGAAGCACUCUCCCAAUUGGGCUCCAUGGGUAACAGCUCUUCCUCAGACUCCAAGAGCAGGCAUCCUGUGCUGACCAGUCACCAAUCCCCCGCCGCCAGCUCUGGCUCACACGGACCCCCCAACCAUCAAGCAGCAGCGCCGCCCAAAGCUUGGAGACCCAGUGUGCAACAGAAACCGUUUUUCCAACCCAGAGAGGCUCCAAAGGGGAACGAUGACUUCUGCAAACCCUCGGGUCGGUCACUUCCGCCUGCCCAGGGGGAGGCGCCGUUGUUACCGACGAUGUCCUGUGACCAUCUGAGCAGGAAGCCGCCUGUCAAAAAGGGCACGGUGAAAUGCCCCAGCUUCCCGCCUCCGAACCCUCCCCAGCUGAUCAACAAGCACCUUAGCUUCCUCGGCUAGUGACCUGGGACCGUCACGGGCUUCGUAAGCUGAGGGUCCCUCCGCCCUCGUGCACAUUACGCCCUUCGUGCUGUUUUCCGCUAAACGUGGGAAAUGACCCCAGCAGAAAAUACACAUCUGUGUUUGUCAGAAGCGUUUUAUUAUCAUACUGUAUGAUGAGGAUAUUAUUUGUGAGUGUGCCAGUUACACUCUGGUUUUGUACAUUUUCCCUUGUGUUCCUAUGCCAGCUAGUUCCCUCAUAAUCCGUUACCAUACUGUAUGCAUGGAGGAAACUCUGUGUCUGUGUGAAAAGCUUUGCAGUUAUAAUUGUGCCUAAUCUUUCAUAUAACUUGCUUGCAGUUUGCUUCUUCUAUGCAUUACAUUUCCGCGUGCAGUAUAUUUCUUGCGGUGAGCACAAAGAUACUAGCGAAAACAAUACAAUGACUCAUCUAAAGGCUAAAUUCACCGCAGCUGAAUUACUCUUUUCUUUUUAAUGGUACUUCGUCUGCUAUUUCUUCUGUAGUCUUGCAGGUGUAAGAGCAGCUAAUCUCCCCAGUAAUUUACAGAAAGAGCCACAAAUCCAUCUAAAUAUGCUCUUAAAUUUGACGAUCUGUUAAUCUUUCAAGACUGGAUGCUACACCGUUCGCAUUUGGUUUCUGAUGUUCUAAAAGCAGGUGGUUUCCUGUUUGCAUUAAUGCUGUGUGACGUAUUGGAUUAAAAUAGCGGGAACUGAAAGUACCUGUUUUCUAAAAAAUAAAGGCAGCUGUAAAUGAUCCAGAAUGGUGAAAUGAAA